UGAGUUUCUCUGAAGCAGGACAGACUCUGUCUGAAACCAAGGCGAGACAGCUGUGCACAGAGGCCAAAAGGGGAGGUGAUGCCAGCUUGUGGGAACACGGACAAGUCUGUGAGGGUGAAGCACAAAAACAUCUAUUGGAGAGCCCAGAGCAGGUGGAACCAUUCCCCAAAAGACCCAGAGAAGAUUUCCCCCAGGGUCCCAUGCGCUCGGAUGCUUCUGAGCUUGAAUACGGUCCAAAGAUACAAUCAGGUGACCAGCCCUACUUGGUUCCUUCAGAUGAUAAGGCCUUCAAGAGACGUCCACAGCCACACGAGCAAAGUUCACCUGGAGUGUCUGAGGAGGGUCCUAAGCCAGGCUCAGAGUUUGUUAAACAUGAGAUCACCCAUGUUCAGGAAGCGCUAUACCAAUGCACCGAGUGCGGGAAGAACCUUAGUCGCAAGGACCACCUGAAGAGGCACCAACAGAUCCAUAGCAGGAAGAAGAAACCCCACCAGUGCUCUUAUUGUGGGAAGUGCUUUCGGCAGAGGUCGGACCUGGUUUUCCACGAGAGGAUCCACACGGGAGAGAAACCACACAAGUGCUCCAUCUGUGGAAAGGACUUCAGAAGCACCUGCCAGCUGAUUGUCCACGAGAGGAUUCACACCCGGGAGAAACCCUACAAGUGCUCGGCCUGUGGCAAGAGCUUCAGCCAGAAUGCAAACCUCACUGUCCACCAAAGGACCCAUACGGGCGAGAAGCCGUACAAGUGCUCGGCCUGCGAGAAGACCUUCAUACAGAAGUCGCACCUCAUGAAACACGAGAGAACCCACGCCAGGGAGAAGGCGCUCAAGUGUCUCGCUUCCUUUGGAAUGAGCUUCUUAAACUGACACU